AGAUUCCAAUUUUGCUUAAUCCUACUGUUGGUGAGACUUUGAUGCUCGAUUUAUGUCUGUAUUUAUCAUAUGCCUUUUCUGGUAUAUUGGUUUCUUGGAAAUUUAGGCUGCGCCAUGAAGUUCUCCUCAGUGCUGGGAUUUAAUGUCUGGUUUUGAUAUGAUUUCAUCAGCUUUUGCUUUUCUUUGCCAGUGGUCACUUACCUCUUCACUGUCGAUGUGAGCUGAUGUCCGUGGUGUGGGGUUGAAUGUAAUAUCCAGAAAUUAGUGUUCAAUACUCCGGUUCAGAUCUCCAUUGCUGCACAUGUAGGAGCUCGUUUGCGUGUCGGAGUUGGCCCAUACGUGCCCAGAUUUAUUUGCCUAUCACAUGGCACAACCUAAAGCGAUUACAUGCCUCUUCCCUGGGCGAGGUUCUCCAUCAUCUGGGAAAGAAAGAAGAUCAAGAAUCUCUGGAACUGUUGCCCAUAGGAAGUUGGCAGAUUCCUCAAGAAUUGAACUCUAGGAUGCUCUCACAUUAAAUUUGUGUGGAUACAUCUAGUUGCUUGUAUCAUCUCAAGUCUAGGUUUUGUUUUCUUCAGUAAGCUGAUAGCGAGCUUUCUUUAGGUGGGGAGAAGUUAAGGAACUUGGUUCGCUGGUCCUAGUAUUUUUAGAGAUCAUGGAGAGUCACAGUGUUGAAGCUGUAAAACAAAGUGGUUCGCCUAGUGCAGCUACACAACCAUUUUAUGCUGGUCCAGUGCCAUUUCAUGAUCUACCUGACAUUUUAUCAGAUAGUGAGAAUGUUUUCGGGGACAGCUUUACCUCAUCUUGGCCUUCAGAUGUACAACCAAUCCAUCCAUCUUCAGCCAAAGUUCCUCACAAACUUUUAAUCCGUCACAAGACCAUGAAUGCACACCAUGGCUCAGGUAGUGCCAUUUCAGAUUCUUACUCGCAGAGUUUCAACACAUGUUCUGUAUCUUCGACGUUCUGUACCAAUUUAUACUUGUCAACGUCCUCAUGUUCUGAGACAUACCGGCAGCUUGGAAACCUGCCUUUCCUUCCGAAUCCUACAUCCCCUUCAGCAGCCUCUGUUUGCCGUUCCUCAAAUUCUUUAGUAGCUGAUGUCAAAGAAGAUCAUUGCAAGAGUGACAGCCUUGAGGACACAAGCAAGUAUCUGAAUUUGCCAGGAGAUUGUUUAGAUGGCUCGGAGAAUUUCAUGAACAACGGUGUCACAUUUACGGAACAGAUGGAAUGGGAUUUUAUCUCAGAUCAGCUUGACCUAGCAAUCACAGACAACGGGAAAAAUCCCGGCCUGGAUGAGAUAUAUAAAGGGCCUCAAGCAUCACUGGACGAAACAGUUGGUCCUGAAUCUGGCGAAUCUCAGCAGCAGCCUGACUCCAUUGUAUGCAGCCGAAUGCAUACCAGCCCCUCCAGCUCUGCAGCUGCAAGUAAGCCAAGAUUGAGGUGGACCCCUGAGCUGCAUGAGCGUUUCAUAGAAGCUGUUAACAAGCUUGAGGGAGCUGAUAAAGCUACUCCAAAGGGUAUAUUGAAACUCAUGAACGUUGAGGGCUUAACUAUCUAUCAUGUCAAAAGCCACCUGCAGAAAUACCGUCUGGCCAAGUACCUCCCACAGACAAAGGAAGACAAAAAAUCAGCAAACAUGGAAGACAAGAAGAAGGCUUCAACUGAUACAGAAGGAGAACUGGUCGUUAAACGGGGAAUGCAAGUAACGGAGGCCCUACGGAUGCAAAUGGAGGUCCAGAAACAGCUUCAUGAACAGCUUGAGGUCCAAAGGACCCUCCAGUUAAGAAUAGAAGAACAUGCCCGGUACUUGCAGAAAAUAUUGGAACAACAGCAAAAAGCAGGCCACACAUUUCUAUCUUCUUGCAACUUGCAGCAUCUGUCCAGUUCAUCUGCUGAAGGACUAACCAGUUCAACCCCACAUGCUGGUCAGGAAGCUGACUGCACUUUGUCUCCAUCAACUGGUAAUGCUCUGCCUGAUUCCUCUACCUCACCAAAGGGAAAAAUUGAAAGGUGUUCAGAUGCAAAUGAGUCGGAAUCAGCAGCUUGCUCUAAACGACUUCGACCGGAGGCCAAGCCUGAAGAUAGUUGUGAUCAUCCAGUUAUUGAGAACUGAGGCCCAUUUACACUUGAAGUUCUUGUAGAUGAUCUUAAAUUUUGCCCCUUUUAGCAUUUUCAGUUGUCUGAUUGGUGCAAAUAUUGUAUAUAUCCCUGACCCUGAGUAGGACGCUAUUGGCUUAGCUAUGUAACUGGAUGUUCAAACAAAUUGCUCCAUUUAAUGGCCAUCACACAAAUCUUCUGCA